AUGAAUGAUCCUCUCACUAGAUCGCCUAUAGUUUCACUCAUUUUCUUUCUAGCUCGAAGUCCUUAUUACGACAACACAGCUGAGGGAUUACAUCGGACGAAUUACAAGGAUUAGGUGAAUUAGAGAGAGGGCUUCAAACUAUCAGAUCCAAAGAAAAUUAAUUAGAUCUAUAUCAUGAACUACUUUUUUAUCCUAGGGGAUGUGCUAAUUAUGUUUUUGAUAUUACUGUCAUUCAUAAGUGAUGAAUUUGAGAGAUUAGAAGACAAUAUUGUGACUCUUAUUUGGCAGAUAUCGCUUCUGCUUAGUUGCGUGACUUCAAUCAUUAUAAGGUACAAUAUUUAAGGGCAGAUAAAGGACAAAUAUAUUCGGAUGAAAGCAGCUAUUGCUGAGAACUAUCAUCACUUGGUCUAGAUUGUCAUGAUGAUCUUUGGAAUAUGGCCACAGAUACAGCAGGAACAUAACAAUGAUAAGCACUUACUAGGUUGUUUGAAAUUUAUUGAGGUCUUUCUGUUUAUUCGACUUUUAAGAUUCAUUCUCCGAUUUAGCUGUGGAUUUAUCCUUAUGAUAGCUGCAUGCACACAAUGGAUUUUCAGGAAAAAAGUGAAGAAAGGGCUGAUCAGAAGAGAACUUGAUAGUCAACCUGAAAUCAGUUUGCAAGACAUGGCUGAUUAUGAUGGGCUACCACCAUUUAGGAAAAAAUUGCGAGAUGAAGAAUCUAUACAGACUCCUGAAUUUAGUAUUGAUGAAAAUCUUUUAACAGAGGAGUAAAAAUCACAAAACAGUUUGAAAAAAUAAAAGCGGAGAGGCACAAUAUAAUCUUAGGCAUCUAUUUAUUCCCAACCCAAGUCUUAAAAGCAUAAACCUUUAAAGGAUUUGCAUAACGAGAAUGUAUAAUUAUUCCUAUCUCAAGGCCAACUGCAAGUUUGA